GGGAAGAUGGCGGCGACGCGUGGGCUGUUGGUGGCGGGGCUGUUCCGCGGGCGGGUGGCCAUCGUCACCGGCGGCGGCACCGGCAUCGGCAGGGCCAUCACCGCCGACCUGCUGGCCCUAGGUUGCAAUGUUGUUAUUGCCUCUCGUAAGUUUGACCGAUUAAAAGCUGCUGCAGAAGAACUGAACAAAGCAUUUUCUUCUGUGAGCCCUGCCAGAGUGACUCCCAUACAGUGCAAUAUCCGCAGAGAAGAUGAGGUAGAAGCUUUGGUGAAGUCUACACUGAGUCUUCAUGGGAAGAUUGACUUCCUGGUGAAUAAUGGAGGGGGACAGUUUGCAAGUCCUUCUGAAGCCAUCCGUGCAAAAGGAUGGCAUGCUGUGAUAGACACGAAUCUGACAGGGACCUUCUACUGCUGCAAAGCAGUGUACAAUGCCUGGAUGCAGGAACAUGGAGGAGUCAUUGUCAACAUUACUGCUGCUGUGAGAAAUGGGUUUCCUGGAAUGUCGCACACGGGAGCUGCAAGAGCUGCAGUGGAUAACCUAACCAAGACUUUGGCUUUAGAAUGGGCCCACAGUGGAGUGAGAAUCAACAGUGUUGCUCCUGGAAUAGUAUUUUCAGAAACUGCUGUUGCAAACUAUGGAGAACAAGGAACAAUGAUGUGGUUAAAGAGCAUACCGAAGAUUCCUGCCAAGAGGGCAGCAGUUCCUGAGGAGAUCUCUCCUGCAGUAUGUUUCCUGCUGUCUCCAGCUGCCUCCUUCAUCACUGGGAUAACCAUGAUUGUGGAUGGAGGCCAAAGUUUAUAUAGCCAUACCCUAGAAAUACCUGAUCAUGACCGAUGGCCCUCUCCACCAGAAGGGAGAAACACUGAACUGCUUAAAGAGCUUGUUUCAGGCAAGUUCAAGCCAAAACUCUAGAAGAAUGGGAUCUCGCCUUAUUCCAAAUGGCAGACUUGCUGAUAAUCUCACUUUGUGAUUUGGGAUUAUUAUUCUCAGUUGUAUUUUUUUUUUGUUCAUGCAUAACUACAGAGUGCCUUGAUUUUCACUGGUUUAUGUUUAAAACUUGAGAGACUGUAUGUAGUACAUUUAUUCUCUGAAAACAUUCAUUCUCCUGGGAGGGUGUAAAGGACACAUUUGCCAUUUGCACAGGCAUUAAAUAAUGAAGAAUCUCAGUCAGAAGUGAAUAGAAGGUACUUAUUUUGAGGUAAAGAGGGCAGAGAGGGAAGACUUCAGAAUCCUGUUCUGGAUUAAUCAGGGGGAAAGUUAAUUUAAAUCUUUGUUACUAUUAGUUAAAUCAGUAACCCUUGAGGUGGCUGUUAGCUCUACACAGUUUCUGUUCACCUGCACAGUGAAUGUUAAAAAUUAUUUUAAAGACUGAGUAGGUAUCUCUCUGCAAAGAGUUAACUGUAUUCUGCCUUAGCUUUACUAAUGUUUCAAAGUAAUAUGGUGUAUCAUACUGGGAAUAUUUUGAGUUAUUUGCAGGUAUAAUGACAUAAUUGAGUUAAACUGGCUGCAAUUUAAAUUUGAUAGUAGAAUAAUUAGAUAAUAAGCUUUAGCAUACAGUGAUGUGAAACAGUAUAGCUUCAACCAUUGAACUUGCAAAAGCUGUGCUGUACAUUGCAGUGCUUUCUGCUGUAUGCUAUACUGGUAGAAGAGAAACUUGGGAUCCUUCAUUUACUGAAUACAACACUUUCUAUCCAUGCUGUGUCAGGUUACACUAUUAACAGGAUUUUUUCAUCGGUGUCUCUAACAUAGGUGUGUUUUGUGAUCAAUGCAGAUACCCAUUUAAAAAUCAGAAAUCUUGCAGUAUAUAUCCCUGCCUGAAUGUGUUCCUAGGCAACCUGCUCUAGAUGAGCCUGCUUCAGCAGGGGGAUUGGACUGGGUGAUCCCUGGAGGUCUCUUCCAACCACGACCAUUCUGCGAGUCUGUAAUUUCUCUUGAAGAGGCUGCAUUUGGUGCUAGUCAGUUUUUAAUUCACUUCACUUUGUGAAAUUGGGUUGCUGCUGUAGAAGUAACGACUUUAAUAAUUCAUUUUGGGUUGAAUAUAAGUGGUGAUGUUCUCUGCAAAGAUGUUUGUAUUUUGUAUCUUUCAUUAAAAUGCAGGAGCUUA